AAGAUUUCCGUCAGAUUGUUCACCCAGAAACCGCGACCAUGGUCACCAGUUCAAAAGGUCCCAAGAGUCCCCAAAGCCCCAAGGGCGAGGCAGCUGCUCCAGCCCCGGUCUUGGCCCCGCUCAGUGUCGAGGCGCAAAACGCCGCAGGCAUUCUUCCUGCAUCGCAUUGGACAGAGCAAGCGCUCCCGGAAGAGGGCCCGGGCAACGAUGGUGCCUCUACACUUGGAUCUUUCAUGUCCACCACCGCUUCUCUGGCUUCGAGCAUUUACCAAUACCGCACCAUUCAAGGAAGAACCUAUCACGGCGAGUUGGGUAAUGCUGAAUCGUGGGAACCGAACGACCCGCGUCACGUCGAAGCCUUGGAUCUCUUACACCACGCUCUGAUGUUGCAGACAGACGGCAAGCUGUAUCUCGCUCCACUGGAGAAGAAGAAGGUCCAAAAGGUACUCGACAUCGCAACUGGGUCCGGGUUGUGGUCCAUCGAUUUCGCCGACGAGUUCCCGAAUGCCGAAGUUAUUGGUACCGAUAUCACGCCCAUUCAACCUUCCUGGGUGCCGCCGAACGUCCAAUAUGAAUUGGAGGACUGCAACCAAGAGUGGACAUGGGGCGAAAAUACCUUCGACUUCAUCAAUAUGCGCUUCAUGAAUGGUAUCGUCACCGACUGGUAUGCCCUCUUCCGUAAUGCCUACAGAGUCUGCAAGCCUGGCGGUUGGGUUGAAAGCUCCGGGACUUCUGGGAGGUUCUAUAGUCAUGACGGGACGGUGAAAGAAGGUAGUGCUAUAGACCAAUGGGGCAUAGUCUUCCGGGAGGGCGGUAAAAAGCUCGGAAGGACUUUCACUGUCUAUGAAGAGGACGUUCAGAGGAAGGGUAUGGAAGCUGCGGGAUUCGUCGAUAUCCAAUUCAGGGAUAUCGAAGUCCCUCUGGGUGUCUGGCACCCGGAUAAGAAGGCCGCCGAACGAGGUCUUUGGUGGAAAAUGGCUGUCGAGGCGGAUAUCGAAGGAUACAUUAACUACUUUUGGAAUGCCGCCCUCGGCUGGACUCCCGAAGAGGCCAAGGUGUUCGCCCGCUACGUCAAGAAGGAAUGGAACGACCCUAACAUUCACGGCUACUUCAUCUUGCGGGUCGCAUGGGGCCGUAAACCAGAGUGA